AACAACCAUCCAAACAAGCCCUCCACUUGAAUUAUUAUCAUAGGAAAAGAAAAGAAACGCUUCAACACAAAGAAAUGUACAACAACUUCACUUUAUGAAAAAUUUCUCAAAUCUACAAAAUAAUUCAAGAUUUAAAGUUGGGUGUUCUUGAAUUCCCAAAAUGGAAAGUGGAUUCACAGCAGAAGAUCUUUCCACAAUUGGAGGAAUAGCUACAGUAUCACUCUUACAUUCUUUUAUUCCAACACAUUGGUUGCCUUUUUCCAUUGUUGGUCGUGCUCAGAAAUGGACUCUUUCUCGUACCCUUCUUGUCACUGCUUUUGGAGCGGUAUUACACGUAAUAUCCACUUCAAUUCUUGGCAUAACAGCAAUAACCAUAACAAACACAAUUGCUGGCGAGGAAACAGUGCACAAACUGGCCUCCCUUUUGCUUAUAGUUCUUGGUGGUAGUUAUAUCAUUUUGUUCCUUUGUGGAAAGGGCGGUCACAGCCACUUACACAAUCAACCGAUGGAGAAAAUGGCCGUAGCUGGGCUCGUCCUUGUUCCUGCUUUGUCGCCUUGUGCAACAACUCUCCCUGUGUUUCUUGCUGUUGGAAAUUCAUCCUCUAUGAUGGUGCUUGCCAUCAUAGUUCUGUUAUUCAGCACCAUAACUGUGAUGACCUCACUGGUGGCUCUAUCAUUUUACGGUGCAAGUCAACUCAAGUUUCACUGGGUGGAACGCUACGACAAGCUCCUCGUAGGUUCAGUGCUAAGUUUGGUUGGUAUUUUGACCCUUCUUUUUCACCAUCACGAUCACGAUCACGAAGUAGGAGGUCAUGUGCACAGAAAACUCAUUGUGUAUAAGGAAAGGCUGACUGCAAAAGAAAUUAAUAUUAGCCAUUUGUCAUUUAUUAAUCCUCUCAAGAUUAUGGCCAAUUCAUCCUUCAUCUUUCUAUGGUUCAUUCUUCUCUUAAAUGGUAUAAUAGCAGUACAUGCAAUGAAAGGCACAUAUGGAAUAAACUAUGGAAAAAUAUCAGACAAUAUCCCAACACCUGAAAAUGUCUUAAUACUUCUCAAGAAAAACAAGAUCAAGAACAUCAGAAUCUACGAUGCAGAUCAAAGAGUUCUGAAAGCCUUCAGUGGUUCUGGGAUCGAAAUCUCAGUUUGUCUUCCCAAUGAACUACUAAUAGACGUUAGCAAAAACGGAUCUAUAGCUCUCGAAUGGAUACAAGUUAACCUACAACCGUUCCUCCCUGGUACCUCAAUCCGAGGUAUCGCGGUUGGAAAUGAGAUACUAGGUGGCGAUACAGCAAUUGCGGAAGCAUUAGUGCCAGCGGUUAAAAGUGUGUACCGCGCGUUGAGGAAGUUGGGCUUAACCGAUACGAUUGAGGUCUCGACUCCACACUCUGAGGCAGUUUUUAACAGCACUUAUCCGCCUUCAGAUGGCGCGUUUAAACCGAGUUUGAUGCCAUAUUUGGGACCACUAUUGCAGUUUUUCAACAGAGUUGGCUCACCUUUUUACAUAAAUGCAUAUCCAUUCUUGGCCUAUAAAUUUGAGCCUACAAUUGAUAUCAACUAUGCACUAUUCAAAAAAAAUAAAGGGAUUGUUGAUCCUAAGACUAAGUUGCACUAUGACAACAUGUUUGAUGCCAUGGUUGAUGCAACAUAUGUAGCAUUAGAGAAAUUAGGGUACAAGAAAAUGCAGGUUAUCGUAUCGGAGACCGGUUGGGCAUCCAAAGGGGAUGACAAUGAAGCAGGUGCGACCCCUGAAAAUGCCAGAACUUACAACUUUAAUUUGCAUAAAAGGCUGAUGAAGAAGAAAGGUACCCCUUAUAAGCCAAAAACGAAGGCCAAAGCUUAUGUCUUUGCAUUGUUUAAUGAAAAUUUGAAACCUGGACCAACCUCAGAGAGAAACUUUGGAUUGUUCAAAGCUGAUGGAAGUAUAGCUUAUGAUAUUGGAUUUAAAGGACUUGUAUCUUCUUCUCCAUCCUCAAAGGAUUUUGUACUACGAGGGCGGUUUUGGAUUUCUCAAUCGUUAAUUAUUGCGGCAUGUGCUACAAUUCUGGUUCUUUCAUAGAAUUAUAAUUUCAAGAUAAUUAUAUUUGAGAAUGGAUCCACAUAUUCUUUGUUGUUAUUUUUAAACAUUGGAAGAAAUUGAUGUCCUUAAGUUGUAUAAAAUAGUUGCAGUUUAUUCAAUUUGACAUUCUUCAGUAGCACCUGUUCAUUAAUAAUAAAUGAUUAUAGCCAUUAAGCAGUGUA